GAGCAUUGCUGUAUCAUGCUAAGAAGCCCAUGAAUUUCAGCACAAAUUAUGGCAAUAAUAGAACAAAACUGUACUGGUUGUUUUCAGCUCAAAGCGCAUGUCCAUGUGCCCAUAAUUUUUCUUAAAAAUGGAAGACGUUGGCUUUGCUUGAACAAUCAAAUUCUAUUUUGUUUUGUUUUUUUCAGGUUGUCCUGGAUUUAUAAUAAUUAUCAUAUGGACCUGGAUUUUUGACUUUGACUGUGUCAUUCAUUGAUGACUUAUUUGAGUAGCCCUUUCUAUCUCUAUAAUAAACAUUACUUUAUAUGCAGGAUAAUUCUGCAAGUCACUUAUUAAUCUGCAUUUCUGUGAUGGUUUAAUUAUGUAGGAUUGUGAGUAAUUGGAAGCCAGACAAUUUAUAAAGAUUUGUAUUAGUAUAGUUUCUUCAUAAGAAAUUAAUCUUUAGAUUUUGUAUCACUGUUUGGAGAACAGUUUUCAUUUUAUCUCCCUAGUGUAUUUUUAUAUACUGCUGUAACUAACAAAAGAUUUAUCUGUUUAGUUUCUUAUUUAGGUUGAAUUCCAGAUUCUUUGGAGGAAAAAAUCUAUAAUGGAUCCUAGCAGUGAUUACCACUUCCUUCAUCAUGUUUUGGGGAAAACUAUACAAAUCACGUUGAAAUGUGGCACAUUCCAGGGGAUAUUGCAACAUGUGGAUUCUGGUCAAUGUAUCUUUCUAAACAGAGUUAAGAAUUUGGAAAAUGGCAGAAAUGUACCAGGUGUAAAGAAGUUCUUUGGCCAUGAAAUUGUUAAUGUGAAAUUCCUUGAUGACCUAGAACAACUUGCUGCAGAAAGAAACACAACUCCUACUGGAUCCAGGGAAUUUCCACCUACUAAGUUGUCUGCAACUGACCAAGGAUCACCGCUGAAGCAAAGCACUCAUGGAGCUAGUGUUUCCCCAGUGAGACAGCAGCUCUGUUUUGGUAACAUUAAGUAUAACUUUCCUGAUGAAGAUGGAGGGGAAGACAUAGAAUAUAUUGUUAUUGAUCAGUUCCAGAAGAAAUUUGGUUCUGCUAUGAUGCAUAUCAAAAAGCAAAGUGUAUGUAGUAUUGCAGCAGAGGGUAUCAACUUGUGUCGGCAUGGAAAACUCUCUUGGUUACAGGUUGCAACAAAAAGUCACGUUUUCUUAUUUGAUAUUAUUCUUCUGGGAGCUCGAGUGUUCAAGAAUGGACUACAAAUGAUACUGGAGGACCAGAAUAUUUUGAAAGUUAUCCAUGAUUGUCGUUGGCUUUCAGAUUGUCUUUCUCAUCAAUAUGGAAUUAUGCUCUCCAAUGUCUUUGAUACACAGAUAGCUGAUGUGUUGCAGUUCUCAAUGGAAACAGGUGGCUACCUUCCACACAGGAUCAGCACUUUACAAGAGUGUUUAAUGCAGUAUCUGGGGCUGCCCUACAAAUGCAUCUCCUUUUUGGAAUACAGGCAGCAAGCAGUUGAGAAAAAUCCUGAGGUCUGGUUUGUGCGGCCCAUUCCACCUGUAUUGUUGAAGGUAUUAGCUCUGGAAACAUUGUACCUCCUCCCUCUCCGUCUACUGCUGCUUGAUGGAAUUAUGUCUGAUUUAACAACUUUAGUGGAUAAAUACUUGAAUGCAUUUCGAUUAGGAUCUGCAGACCCCCUGGGGAGCAUAGAGAUAUCUUCUAUGGAGUUACCAGAAGAGCUACGACAACUGGCAGAUCUUUAUAACAUACGAAGGAAGAUGGCAGUGCAAAAGUUCCAGCUCAAUGAGGAAGGCUUCCUCAUCAGAAAACAAGUGGAGCCAGUAAGAAGAAAAAUGGCAGAGAAAGAAGCAGAUCUUAAAACAUUCUGUCCAUCUCUGACUUCCUGGUAGUCAGGGCAGUUAUAAAAAAGAAGAAAUAUAUCACCAUGAUAACCAAGAGCCCAUAGUUGGUAAUGGUGAGAUAGAAUCUAAAAUGGAAACGAAAGGAGACAUUUCAUGUAAACUGACAUUGGAAGAGACUAAAAUAAAGGGAAAAAAACUAUCUCCAAUAUUCAAAUCACAAACAAAGGUCAGUUUUACUUUAGAAAAAUAAAGGUUUUGAAAGAUGACAAGCAUGAAUAAAUAGAAACUAUUAUGCCUGCCUUUUUAGCUAAAAAAAUGAAUAAUACACCUCAGUUCUCAUUUCAAGAUAGAAGGUUGCCUUUGCCUUCUGUGGGGCUAUCUGCCAAUCUGUGUCUGACACUGUUGGAAUCUCAUUUAUCUGGCAAGUCAGACUACUGUCCUCAGUUUCCCAUAAGGGGAAGGAAAGUGGAGGUCUUCCAAAUUUGCCAGCUAAGUGCAUUAAGCUCUAGAGGCCAAGAGCAGAAAUUAUUUUCUUUAGGAUUGGGGACUUCCAUUGUGGAACAACAACAAACAUGGGAUUCAAUACUCUUUGCUGCAAUGCAGAACCAUCUCUCAUGUAACACACUUGACACCAUUCUCUAUUUGUUUGCUGGAGAUUCAGGGUCCACUCUUUUCAGUUUCCAAAUAAUCAGAAUAAAUUGCCCAUCUAAGACUAAACAGUUGCAUGAUAGGAAAAGACUUCCAACCUUGUUUGUUACAUUCAUUAACUUUAUAUCAUUGGAAACUUAUUUACUGACAUACUAAGUAUUAGCUCAGGGUAACUGUUUAUUAUUUUGUACAAGGUAGCUAUAGAUAACUGCAGUUUGGGGGUGAGAUCCCCUCAUGAAGGAAUCAGCAAGCUUCUUUUUCUAGUAACUUAUCUACACCCUGAUCCAUUUUGUUCUGAAGACAGUUACUAUUGUUCAUGUUAUUAAUAUACCUAGAGUAUGGAAUAUGUGAUCAAAGUUUGAAAAAGUACCUUUUUAAUUGAGAUAGGAAAAGGCCCAUAAUUAAAUAAUAUAGUACCAUUGCAGCAGAUUUAUGUAUUUGAAAAUAGGUCAGAUAUUGCAUGGGGUGCACUUGAACAAAUGCAGAUUUAUUAAUGUGAACGUAUGGUUUCAAAGACAAACAUGGCACUGUCUCUUUGAGAUUUUUCCCCUUCCAGUUAAACAGUUGGAAUAUUCUGUUUAAAAUAAAACUUUAGAUUUCUCUUUA